UGCAACGCCGUCAAUGAAGGAACCCGAGGGGCGCUUCGCCUCCGGGCCACUCUCGGGGCGGGGGCUCCUCCCCGGGGCUCCCCAGGGUGCAGUGACGGGCAGGCGCCGCCAGGAGGAGCUCGUCUUCGCCGCCGGAGGAGGAAGGGGCCGCUCUGGCCUGGGAGUCUAUGGCGGCCCGACGGGAAAGGGCGGGGCCUGUCGCCGGAAGCGGCAGUCGGGAGGGCGAGGCGGCGCGUGGCGCGGCGGGAUGCGGCUCCCGGGGGGCUCGGGGGGCGGCGCGGGGUCCGCGGCGCUGGUGGUGGCGCUGGUGCUGCUUUACUACGCCUUCUCCAUCGGCAUCACCUUCUACAACAAGUGGAUCAUGAAGAGCUUCGGCUUCCCGCUCUUCAUGACGCUGCUGCACCUGCUGGUCAUCUUCACGCUCUCGGGCCUGACGCGCCGUUGCGCCCGGAGACCCGCCCGGCCGCUGCUGCCCUGGGCCGCCUACCUGCGCCAGGUGGGCCCCGCAGCUCUGUCCACGGCCCUGGAUGUGGGUCUCAGCAACUGGAGCUUCCUGUACAUCACCGUCUCGCUCUACACCAUGACCAAGUCCUCGGCCGUCCUCUUCAUCUUGUUCUUCUCUCUGGUCUUCAAGCUGGAGGAGCCGAGGGCGGCGCUGGUGCUGGUUGUGCUGCUGAUUGCGGGGGGGCUCUUCCUCUUCACCUACAAGGCGACGCAGUUUGACAUGGAGGGCUUUGCCAUGGUGCUGGGCGCCUCCUUCCUGGGCGGAAUCCGCUGGACGCUGACACAGAUACUUCUGCAGAAGGACGAGCUGGGACUCCAGAACCCCAUAGACACCAUGUUCCACCUGCAGCCAGCCAUGUUCCUGGGCCUCUUCCCCCUCUUCGCUGCCUUUGAGGGCCUGCCCUUGUCUGCGUCAGAGAAGCUCUUCCGUUUCCACGAGGUGGACCUUCUGCUGGGCCUCUUGGGCAAGCUGGCCCUGGGAGGGCUGCUGGCCUUUGGGCUGGGCUUCUCGGAGUUCCUCCUGGUGUCAAAAACCUCCAGCCUCGCCUUGUCCGUCUCUGGGAUUUUCAAGGAGGUUUGCACUCUUCUGCUGGCCACGCACCUCAUGGGAGACCACUUGAGCCUCUUGAACUGGCUGGGCUUCGUCGUCUGCCUCCUGGGGCUCUCCCUCCAUGUUGCGCUGAAGGCUCUCAAUGCCACAGGGCAAAAGGGCGCCAGGCGGCCCAAGGAGUCUUGCUCCAGCCCGGACUUGGAGUUGCUGCUGCUCCAUCACCAGGAGGAAGAGGACCCUGCGGGAUUCCCCCAGCGCUGAAACAUGCCAGCAGUUCAGCCAAGAGAGCCCCAAGGCAGGGGGAGCUGGCCACCCCGGAGGGCUUCAAAUGGGGUGGGUGGUCUUGUGCCCCUCAGACGGGAAGAGGCUGAAGCACUUGGGCCCUGGUGCUAUGGGAAAGAUCUUGGGGGUGGGGGAGCCCCAGGAAGCUGGGUGGGUGCAGGCGCUGUGUUGGGUCUCAGUGGCUCAGAGAGGGAGCUUGGGGGAGGCUUUAAAGUGAGGCUGAUCAUGCCAUCCUGUGAGCCCUUGCGCAUGGCGACACUGGGCGCCACCUUUCUGCGCCCUUCUUUGUGCCCUCUGGUCUGCGUGCCCCUCAGGGCCGGAGGCUGUGCCAUGUGAAUGUGUUGAGAAGCGGAAAGGCUGUUGGGAGGGGAGGAGCAGCUGGUGCUUUGGGAGGUGUGUUGGGACCAAAGUGGGCUGAGGCCAGAGCAGCAGCCGAGAGCCUCUUGCUUUCUGCUUCUGGGUCCCUGGAGUUUGGAGGGGGGGGGCAUCAGGGUGGUCUCAGAACUAGGCGCUUCUGAGAUGGUACUCAGAGCUCCAGCUACUGGAGUAAGCAGUAGAAACCUGCCACAAACUUGGGACAGGGUGUGGGCAAAGAGAGAGAUGGGCAUAGGACCGGAAGGUAGUCCUAGGGAAAGCAGGCUGGGAGCUGGAGCCCUGAACGCAGAAUGCCCUGGACCACUCGAGCCUGCCUGGGUGAAGAGGAGCCCUCGCUGCUCCCCUCUGGGCGUGGCGUGAGGCUGCCUUACUGCUGUCAUCAUGAGGACAUUGGAGGCCAGUUUGGGAGUUUCCACUGCCCAUCUCUGGGCUCUGGAGAGUGGCAUUUCAGGGUCCUGCACCCUCUUCACCCUUGCUUGGAAGUCAGUCCCAUGGAAGUCAUCCAGAUUUGCAAGUGAGCAAGUCUUGGAUCGCAGCCUUGCCAGUUCCCCUCAUCUCCAGCUGUGGCUGCUUAGAAUGGCCCUGGGCAGCUGGCAAGAAAGACACGGGGUGGCGCUGGCAGCCGCUGCCACCAUUCAGGUGUGCGUGGUAUUCUGAAAUGCAGCUGUGCCAUCCAUUCAUAUGUCAUGGUGGUGCUUGUGGUUUAGUUGGACCAAAGUGGGUCCAUGCAGCCCAGCUUCCGGCCUCCCAGAGUCGCCAGUCAGAUGCCCCCAAGGAAGGCCCCCCCCCCAGGAGGGCUCUUCCCACCCUGAUUUUCUGGAAGCGGCAUGGAGGCGCUCUCUGUCCAGUUGUCCCUUGCAGUCCCUCUUCCUCUGGGACUGUCCCCGGCUCAAGCCAGCUGAGCUGGUGGCCACCACUGCCUCUCCUGGGAGCAAAUCCCAGAGUUUAACUCUUCACUGUGUGAAGAAGGGCCUCCUUCCACUCACCCCAAAUCUCCCUCUUCUUUGGUGACCUGACCCUCCUUGGGUUCUAGUAGCAGGAGAGAGGGAGGGAAACUUUGCUCUGCUCAUUUGGCCCACAAUUUCACCCAUCAUGUCUCCAUUUUCUAACCUCAGCCUGUUGCAACCUUUCCUCAAAGGGCAGCUGCUCCAGCCCUUUAAUCUUUGGGGGAGGGGGGAGGGGCUGUUGGUUGGUUGCUUUUUCACCCUUGAACAUUUUGCCUGCCUUUUUCUAGAGCUUUUUCCAGCUCUGCUGUGCUUCCUUCUGGAGAUGAACUGAGCAGAACCAGACUGUACCCCAUAUUUAGCCACCAUAAAUUUCCAUAAGGAAAAUUAGAUGACACCUUAUGGAAAUCUCUCACAGGGUCACACUUGGAAUCCUGUAGGCAGCUUUGCUUUGGAUCCCUAACGUGGGAUUUGACACAUUCACUUGACAUUUCCAUGGCGCAGUUCCCCACUGCGACUGCACCCUCAAGAUCCCUUUCCUCACCCAACAAUCACAUUGAACCACAUUUGCCAUUUUGUCACCUGACUUGCUUGGUGGCAGGAGGGGAACCCUGGGGAGCCCUUGGCUGUCCAUUUCCCCCUCACCACUCUGAAUAAUGUGAUGAUGUCCAUAAACUUGACCAGCUCUCUGCUGAUCCUUUAUGAUCAAGUUAAAAAUCAUGGUUCCCUACAUGGAGCCUUUCUUAUUUAUUUAUUUCCUUCUUUGCAUGAAUGAAAGGAUGUUCAUUCCUCCUCACUGCUUCCUGUUCCAGCAGUUGCCCUUCCAGGAGAGGACCUGUCCUUUCCUUCCACGGCUGCUAAAUGUGCCUCAUAUUCUGGGAACAUUUGGUGGGAAGUGGAGUUUCUGCAAGAGAGGAGAGUUGCCUCUUUGCUGAGCUUGUUAAGAUUCUUGAAUUCCCCAUUGGAGUUAAAAUUAAAAAAUUCCUUCAGUAGCACCUUAAAGACCAACUAAGUUUUUAUUUUGGUAUGAGCUUUCGUGUGCAUGCACACUUUGUCAGAUACACUGAAACAGAAUCCACCAGACCCUUAU